AUGACUGAUGAUAACGGAUCUGCUGAACUUCAAUCCCUUUCUCCUGUACAUGACGAAAAACCAUCCCCCCCCUUAUCUACGAAUUCUUUCCAUGAUGCUGUUUCUUUAGAUAAUCAACAACCAUCUUCUCAUUUACACACAAACUUCGUAAACGGAAACCAGGCUCAUUUUCAUCACCGCCGAAAACGCGUUCGGGUUUCUCCUGUCAGGAUGCAAAUGGAUCAUGAUACAGCAAGUGACGGAUCUGGAUCCAGUGGAUUUAGUGCGAGUGCCCCUAGUUUUGAUAUAACAUCUAAAGAUAUCGAUCAAUCACGCUAUCGUUUGUCAGAAAUACAGGAGGGAGAUGCUGAACUUGACCAUAAGUCGCCUCAACUUUCCCCAUUCCAUCAUUCUUGUUUUCCUCUAGAUGGUCAAGAAGAAGGUAUUGGAAAUUGCCCAAAAAUGGAUCCUGAGGUCAGGGCAAUUAUAAGCAAAUUUGUUCAUUCCGAUACUGUCAUUCAUUGCCUUGAGCUAGCAGGCUUUACGACUGCUCCGGUCCUCGCUUGUCUUUUGGAUAUUUCUCAAAUUCGUCAAUUGGAAGAUUAUGUGCGUAAUGCUUGCGAAUUGAUGCCCAGUCGAGCCGCUCGUGUAUGGUUUUUGGGGUCUCUCUUUGCACAUCGACCCGAUCGUUUUCGUUUGCCGGCUGGAGCCAUAUGUGGGCUACGUCUGGCUAUAAAUGAAUUAUCUAGACGAGAUAUGAUUUCCUCUCAUUCUGAUUCUAAAAUCUCCUAUGGACAUGCCGGAUCUGUUUCGCCCCAUCGAUCAUCGAGUGAUGAGGAUAAAUAUGGAAAUGCAAAUGAUGGUGACUGUCAUGAUGACCCUAGUUUGCACAACGAAAUGAUCAAAUUCGAAGCCGGUUGUCAAACUAGUUUGUCUUUGCCCUUAAUCCUUGAUACAACUAAUCAUCUGGCAGCAGCUGCCGCAGCCUUCCUACCAAUAACCUGUGCAAGUGCAUCGACUUGCAUUGCCGACACCAACUCAACGACAUCGUUCAACACUGGAAACUCCCAUUCAAGUAUUGUCUCAGACUCCGGAUCCAUGGCAUCUACUAUUACGGUUUCUUCUGCACAUGUAUCACAUACUCAGGGCUGCAAUUCUGCCGCAAUGGUAUCUAUAAAUAAUACUGUCCCUGGUUCUGCAUCCAUUUCUAACAACCUUCAAAGCCCAGUGUGUUCUGGUGCAAAUUCAAGCAUACCAUUACUACCUUUCUUGUCAAAUAACCAACAGAGUAGCAGCCACCUGCUUUCAACUAAUACUAUUCCGAAUUCCGUAGUUGUUGGAGCCACAGGCACAACCGGAAGUGGUAUGCUGGAUGAAGAAAGGAUCGACCUAGAACGUCUGAAACAACACGCUACAGCCAGCGCUGUCAGGCUAGCUACCCGUCAAUUUAUUAAUGCCCAUUUGAUCAGAGGACGCGAUUUUGAUAUGGAGAUGGAACUUUCCAUAACUGCGGAGGGCCUUAAGCGUGUUACCGGUAUAUUCUAUUGUCACCUCUGUAGAGAAAAACGAGAUCGAACGUCGGCCGUAAGAUUUUCAAUUGCAAGAAACCGGCAUCCCGUAAUGAGCAACGUUCUUUCACAUUUGAAAAUGCACUUCCAAUAUCGUGGGCAAACCCUUCCUCCAUCAAAUGGGGCCCAUGUGAUACAUCAAACCUCCACUCCCCCCGGAGUUUAUGGGCAACCUAAGCCCGAGAUUUUCCAAAUGCCUUCACAUACUUGGCAGCCAAACGCCAUUGCUCAAUCUCCUGUAAAACCUGAGAACGUCUCAAGUCCUCAGGCCUCAUCCAAUCCAAACAGCAGCGCUGGGGCUACUGAAAAUGUCCUCUUCUCCCCAAACAACCCGGCGCAACAACAGCCACAUACUUUUGGUGGGUCUGGUAUGGUCUGA